CUUGAGAUGAUCUAAUAGCAUCUCCAAACUAAUCCACUGUGAAAGAUGAGUAGAUUCUCAGUUCUCUCAUUUCUAAUUCUCGCAAUCUUCCUUGGAGGUUCUAUUGUCAAAGGCGAUGUUAGCUUUCGUUUGUCGGGUGCUGAUCCUAGAUCCUAUGGGAUGUUCAUCAAAGAUUUGAGGAAUGCUCUUCCAUUUCGAGAGAAAGUGUACAAUAUACCUCUCUUACUUCCUUCCGUUUCAGGAGCAGGACGAUACUUACUAAUGCAUCUCUUCAAUUACGACGGAAAAACCAUCACAGUGGCCGUAGAUGUAACAAACGUUUACAUUAUGGGCUAUCUUGCCGAUACAACAUCCUACUUUUUUAACGAGCCUGCUGCUGAAUUAGCUUCUCAAUAUGUAUUCCGAGACGCUAGGAGGAAGAUUACACUUCCAUAUUCUGGCAAUUACGAAAGGCUUCAAAUUGCUGCAGGCAAGCCAAGAGAAAAAAUCCCCAUUGGACUCCCAGCGUUGGAUAGUGCAAUAAGCACCUUGCUGCAUUAUGACUCCACAGCUGCCGCUGGGGCACUGCUUGUACUCAUUCAGACCACUGCGGAGGCUGCGAGAUUUAAGUAUAUUGAGCAACAAAUUCAAGAAAGAGCUUACAGAGACGAGGUCCCGAGUCUAGCAACUAUAAGUUUAGAAAACAGUUGGUCUGGUCUCUCCAAACAAAUCCAGUUAGCGCAGGGCAAUAAUGGAAUAUUUAGAACUCCUAUUGUGCUUGUGGAUAACAAAGGAAAUCGAGUCCAGAUAACCAACGUUACUUCAAAAGUUGUAACCUCCAACAUACAGUUAUUGUUAAACACACGAAAUAUUGCAGAGGGUGACAACGGCGAUGUUUCUACAACACAUGGCUUUUCGAGCUACUAGAAUGCCCUAAAGAUGGUGAAUAUGGAAAAUAUGUUACAACUUUGAGGUAGCAACUACAACUCCACUUGAAGAAUAAUGUUCCUUCGAUGCUUUGUAAGUGUGUUUUAUUUCCCUUUAUCAAUAAAAAAGUGUGGAGCCUUUUAAUGCUUUCAA